AAUUUGACAUUUUGGUCACGUGGCCUUCUACGAUUGGCAAGUUGCAUGAGCUGCUUGCUGACGGUGAUGGUACCGUAUCAUUGUAGUAGAUUGUGUACGGUUCCUUACAACAGAUAUCUCAGGGACGACAACAUCAGGAGUUGAAAUGAGAGCAAUAUUAACGUUAAUAAUUGUGUACUACACAUCCUCGUCGCUGGUCGGUGCCACCUUAUCCAAAACAGAUGGCAAAAGGGCCUCUAAAGCACAAAACACAGAGACUUCAGUAGCUGACCGACCGGUUCUGGAGCGAGGUCUCAUCGUGAACGACCCUCAGUGGAGAGACAUUGUCCGAGAGGAGAGGAGGUUCUGUCCUCAGGAUGUAGCCAAACGCCAGUUCCAAGGAUCAGUUCUAGGUUACAUCACCCCAUGGAAUUCCCAUGGUUACGACAUUGCUAAGCUCUUUGGUCCCAAACUGACUUCGGUGUCUCCGGUGUGGCUUCAGCUCCGACGUAGAGGUCCUGAGAGCUUCCACAUCACCGGCCUUCAUGACCAUGACCCUGGUUGGGUUAAAGCUGUUCGAAAAGCCAACAAAAAGAACAGAAUAUUGCCUCGUCUGCUGUUUGACGGCUGGUCCUACCAGGACUACAUGAGUGUGCUGGACAGUGAGGAUGAGAUUGAGGAGCUGGGCAGAGAGGUGGUGGAGGUGGGGAAGGCAGAACAUUUUGAUGGCUUUACGCUGGAGCUGUGGAGUCAGCUAGGAGGAAACCAGAGGAAAGAGCUGGUGCACCUGAUUACACACCUGUGUGAGGCUCUGCAGGCUGGGAAGCUGACCUGUGUGCUGGUCAUCCCACCUGCUGUGGCUCCAGGGUCAGGCCAGCCAGGAAUGUUUGGGAGGGAGGAGUUUGAGAAGUUGGCCCCUGUGGUGGACGGCUUCAGCCUUAUGACAUAUGACUACUCUAGCCCCGACAGGCCGGGCCCCAGUGCUCCACUGCACUGGAUGCAGGACUGUGUGCUGCAGCUGGACCCGCACAACCAGUGGAGACAGAAGAUUCUGCUGGGCUUAAACCUUUAUGGCCUGGACUUCUCUACACAGGGCGGAGCAGAACCACUGCUGGGGAACCGAUACAUUGAGCUGCUCAGAGAAAUCCGACCGAAAAUCCAGUGGGACGAACAGGCAGGAGAGCAUUACUUCAACUACAAGAGCAGUAACGGGGUCAAACAUGUGGUCUACUACCCAACACUGAAGUCUUUUCAUCUCAGAGUGAAGCUGGCCACCGAGCUGGGCACUGGCAUCUCCAUGUGGGAGCUUGGCCAAGGCCUGGACUACUUCUACGACCUCCUUUGAUCAGUGGUACAGGGACCAAACACACGUUAGUGGUGUGUGUGUGUGUGUGUGUGUGUGUGUGUGUGUGUGUGUGAGAGAGAGAGAGAGAGAGAUUGUUCAGGGAUUACCACGGCACCCUAGCUGUCAGGGAGGCCAACUUGAUAGCUUCCAUGAAGGACAAUAAGAAAUCAAGACUUGGAUACAGAUAUUAUGUGUUGUCAUCACCCUCACAAAGCAUGGUAAUAAAACAGCAGCUGGGUCAUCCAGGAAGUUAUUUUCCUUCAGAGCUGGAGCAUACCGAUUGCAAAUAACCCUCACAUCACAUCCAGUGCUGUUAGAGGAAAGAUGUAAUUUUGAGUAGGAGUUGUUCCGGACAGCUCAGCCAAUCAUGUUCCAAUAUCUAUGGUUACCUUGGAAACAAGUCAUACAUCAGGAUGGUCAUGUUCAUUUUUAUUCAUUUGAAUAAAAAUCAAUGUUUUACAUA